AUUCAUUUGCACACACUGCACUAUAUAUUGCGUUAGCUGCCUACACAUUUGAAUCCGACUCAUUCUGAAAGCUGAAAACAACUCGGACAGUUCUCAUCCUAGACAUCGAUAAUCGAAGAAUUUCCAUACUUUGCAGUGCUAAAUCAUGGCUCAUGCCACAAGAAACCCAAAUAUGACCACUCUUGGUUUUAAGAAGCUGCAGAGUUUUGAAAACGAGAAUGUCGGUGCCAGGCUUGGUGGGAAGAGCAUGGCUGUACAGAAGCCUGCUCAGAGAGCUGCCCUGGGCAACAUCAGUAACAUGGUGCGCACAACACAUGCUGGUGGUAAAAAGGUUGUAAAGAAAGAGCUCAGGACAAAGACGCUGGCCAAAUCCAAGGCUACUUCAUCACUCCAAUCCGUAGUGAGUCUCCCAGUGGACAAUGUCAAAACAGACAUCUGCAGGUCACCCUUGCCAGAAGUGGUGGAUCAAAUGGAGGUAGACCCCAUCGAAUCGGCUAUUGAAGCAUUUUCUCAGCGACUGAUUGAUCUACAAGUAGAAGACAUCGACAAAGACGACGGAGAUAACCCUCAGCUUUGCAGCGAGUAUGCCAAGGAGAUCUACCUGUACAUGAGGACCUUGGAGAACCAGAUGAAGGUACCUGCCGGUUACCUGGACAGAGAAGGUCAGGUCACGGGUCGCAUGCGUCACAUCCUGGUCGACUGGCUAGUGCAAGUCCAUCUUAGGUUUCAUCUCCUCCAGGAGACCCUCUUCCUCACAGUUCAGCUCAUUGACAGAUUCCUGGUUGAUCACGCGGUCUCCAAAGGAAAGCUGCAGCUUGUGGGUGUAACAGCAAUGUUCAUUGCCAGCAAGUAUGAAGAGAUGUACCCUCCUGAAAUCAACGACUUUGUUUACAUCACAGACCAGGCUUACACCAAGACCCAGAUCAGGCAGAUGGAGGUCUUCAUGCUAAAGGGGCUCAAAUACUGUCUAGGAAAGCCCCUAUGCCUUCACUUCCUACGACGCAACUCAAAAGCAGCUGGGGUUGAUCCUCAGAAGCAUACACUAGCCAAGUACCUCAUGGAGAUUACCCUUCCAGAAUACAGCAUGGUGCAAUACGAUCCCUCAGAGAUUGCUGCCGCAGCCAUCUACCUGUCCAUGGCUCUGUUGGGUUCCGAGGACAACUGGGGCGCCAAGAUGACACAUUACAGCAUGUACAGCGAAGAUCACAUCAAACCCAUCAUCCAAAAGAUGGCAACAGCCGUUACCAGGGAAGAUGCUAUGUCAGAAAAGUACCAUGCUGUCAAGACAAAGUACCGCAGCAAUCGUUUCAUGACCAUCAGUUCGCUCUCACAGCUGAAAUCGGAUUUCAUGAAGACACUAGUGGAAGAAUCGUAGUACGUGAGAGAUCGGUAGGGAAAAGACUUUGAGACUCUUAAUGAUGAACUUACUCAACAGCAGAAAUGGACUGCCUUAGAUUCAGUGCCUCGCUCCCCUUAAGAAUAAAUACACGUCAUUAUCAUAUGCAUUGCUUGUGCUUACAGCUAGUCUUCGCAUUGCCUCAAACAUGUAGCGUCUACGCCCUAUGGUUUGUAAAUUGGGAUGAAUUUAUUGAGGCCCUUAUGGCGUUUAGAAUGAGAUUAUCAAGGCCCAAAGGAGAGGCAAGAGGCAUUAAUGUUACAGCAGCUAUUGAAUUUUGCUUCAUAAAUACAAUCUUGUGUGGGGAACUGGAAUAGACGAGCAACAAGACAAAUGAGAGAUGUCUGUGAAUAUGUCACAAUCCAGUGAUUAAAUUGCCAAAUUUGCGACACCGCAUUGAUUUAGCGAUCUAAUAUAUGCAGUGGAUGAGUUGGUGCUUUUAAGACCACCAUCACUUUUAUGUAUUAACUUUUAAAUGUGACAUGUCCUUCAAACCACUUAUGUGUCAAAAUCAUAUCUGAACAAAAAGUAAUCAAUUGGGAAUGAAAUGGGUAAUUAAUUAACAAUAGUCUUAGUUCUGGCACUCUAGUAGAAUUUGUAUAACAAAAAAUAUAGUUAAUGCAAGUUUUGGAAGCAUUUUAUUUGAAGUAGCACUUGAAUUUUAACAGAAUCGAUUCAUGUACAGGAAACACAAGUUGAAGGAUAACGUUAAAGACCUUGUCGGAAGUGAAAAUUAAAAUAGAUAAUUUAUAUAUCGGCGGAAAGCUUUAUAAGCCAUAGAUAUCAAAUACAUGUACACUGUAUAUGUUUUUUUUUUCUGCGUCUAUCGAGUACGCCUAUCUGAAAGUUGCUGACUAAAAAUGACAUGUAGACUGGAGUAUGCAUAUUUAAGUAGGAACUUAAGAUUUGCACGUCGACAUAGUGGACUGCAACGUGUGAUGUCCUUUACACACUGCAGUCCACUAUGUCAACGUGCAAAUCUAAGAGACCCUAGUUUAAAGGGGUGCAGAACAUGAGGUUUAAUUUGCUUUUGUGCAAUAUUGAAAGGGAAAAUAUGUGUUCUAUGUUCAUUCAGCUUUCCAUUGAUAUAAAGAUGCAUUCUCAUCAGAGAAUAACAUGAUACACGAGGGAUACAUGAAAGUGAGUGGUAUUAUAAUGGAAUUAAUCUGAAUCGCAUGAAUUUUUAACUAAACCUAUUUUAUAACCUUUGUACAUGCUUUAGAACCAUGUGUAUAUACUGCAAGCCUGACAUGGAUGCUAAAGUGGAAAUUUAUUGUGCAUCUAUUAAUAUUGAGAGACUUUUGAAUUAACAUGUAAUAUGCCAGCUGAAAGUAUUUCAAAAGUAUACACUAGCUCUACCAGGCCAAGAGAAGUUUUAACUGUGGUGAUUUUUAAAAUGCCUUCAUACUUUUAAGUGAGCACUCCAUAUCGUUCUUUCCAUCAUAUUCAAUAUCUUAGGCACUUUUGUACAUUGAUGUACAUGUAAGUAUAUUUUUUUACCAUUGAUGUGGCAAUGUAUAACAUAAUUGGUGUAAAACCAUUUAACACACAAAUUACACAUUUUGACAUAUUUAAUUGGUAAUAACUCAAGUUGACCAAUGACCACUAUUGUUGAACUUUGUGCAGCGUAAAGUUGAAGGAAGUGAAUUUUAUGCACUACAAAGUGAACUUCACAGUGUGUAAAUGGUCUCAAUAUGAUGAAUGAUACAAACAAAUGUCGCCCUUUUAAUGGAUUUAGUAUCACUUUAUUUCUGUGUGUCAAAGCAUUUACGAUGGGACCUCAAUCUAACAAUCUUGUAUUCAUACUAUGUCUGUAUAUCAUGACAGAAGUACACAUUCUCCCCAAGGGUUAUCUUCUAUCAAUGAAACGUUUCAUCCCGGGUUAAUCAAGAUUCAUGUUGCCUAGAACUUCUCAAAUAGUACAUGUUAAUAAAUCAUGCUGCUUUACCAUAUUUUUCACUCAAAGAACACAUGAAAAAUUAGAAAUUAGAAGUACUGUUCAUAGAUUUUAAAUAAUUUGUGUGCUAGUUACUUAAAUAAAAUGAAAAACAUCUUCACUGCAAAAUGUAAACACAAACGAUACAUUCUUUAGCACUUCACAUUAAAAAUAUUUCAUGUAUAUUUAAUUACGUUGCUAUGUUGCACAGUUUUCCAAUAAGUUAAUCAUGUUUUUUCAUUGUUACGAAGGGUGGAGAUUACAUGAUGUUGAUUUUAAUCAUUUGUAAACAGUACCAUAUUAAAGAUUUAUCUAGAUU